AGAGGCUUGUUUCACACCGAGCCCUCUGAGCAGCAGACCACCUUCUCAGCGUCAGCAGACUGAGGGCGGAUCUGAACUGCUGGAAAAAGUGUCUAUGUGUGAAGUUGGCGUGGAGAGCGGUGCCACGGAGGAGCAGUGAAGAUCUAGCAGAAAACAGGGUUUCUGUGUAUAUGUCUAGCAUCUCCUUACGUCUCCAUGAUGAAGAGGAUAACCUUGCUGCUGUGUUUUUGGGGUCUUCUCUCCAUCUCCAGUGCUCAGGAGACAGACGCAGAAGAGGGUGGCGGUGAGGAGGAGGUAGUUAACCUCUUUACCACCCCGCGCACAAAGCUGGCUGCUGCAAUGUCCGACUUUGGCUACAACCUGUUCCGUCAGCUGGCUGCCCGCGACACUAAGGCCAGCGUCCUCUUGUCCCCAGUGAGCAUGUCUGCAGCAUUCACACAGCUCUCCAUGGGGGCUUCAGAGCGCGCAGAGAAACAGCUGCACCGAGUCCUGCGCUACCAUAACCUGCAUGACAUCCAGCUCCAUGACACACUCAGAGACCUGCUGACCUCUCUCAGAGCCUCCACCAAGGGCUUCAGCUCUGUAGAGCGCAUCUUACUGGCCAGGAAACUGCGUCUCAAGCUGGAGUACCUGAAUGCAGUGGAGAAGCAGUAUGGGGAACGCCCCCAGAUGCUCAUGGGUGGACCCCGGGACCAAAAGUCUGUCAAUGAUUGGUUCAAACAGCAGACGGGCGGUAAAGUGGACCGUGUCCUUGCAACUCCUCUUCCACGGAGCUCUGAAGUAGUGCCUGCGGGAGUAGCCUACUUUAAAGGAAAGUGGAAAACCAGGUUCAGCCAGGUGGGUAAGAUGGAUGAGUUCCGUUUGGAUGGUGAGGCACCAGCUCGCAUUGCAGUAAUGCAGCAAUCGAAUUAUCCAGUCAAGAUGGGCAUUGAUUCAGACCUUGGCUGUACGAUAGUGCAGGUUCCCAUGGAGGAUGGAGUGAGCAUGUACUUUUUCCUGCCUGAUGAGGUGACUCAGAACUUUACUCUGAUUGAGGAGGCUUUGACAGCAGAGUUUGUUCAGGACCUGGCCAACACUCUUCAUUCAGUUCAUCUGCAGCUCACCCUGCCUGUGCUUAAACUCAGCUACAGUACAGACCUGCUGGGCCUUCUCUCUGGGCUGGGGCUCUCUGAAUGGCUGGAGAACACAGACCUCAUCAAAAUCUCUGCACAGACACCGAAGCUGAGCACAGUCCGUCACAAAAUUGUCAUGGAGACGGCUCCAGAGGGUAGUCAGUAUGCCAGCACCACUCCGUCUGGUCAGUCGCUGUCCCUUUCUUACCGUGUGGACCGCCCCUUCCUCUUCUUGGUUCGAGAUGAGCCAUCGGGCACACUUCUCUUAAUUGGAAAGAUCCUAAACCCACGUGACCUGGCAAGUGUAUGAGAGCAGCACACACAUACAUAUAUAUAUCAAUGUUUUUAUGUACCACAUAUAUUACAAGCUUCUGUACUUUAACAUUGGAUUUAAAGAAGAACAUAUUCAAAGCUGUCACAGUACAGUUUAUGUUAUGUUUUAACACAUUUAAAGUACAUGAAAAUGGCCAUUUUCAUCAAAUCUGCACCGAAAUUCUUCCAAAGCACAUUUACAUUUGCAUACAUGAUGUAGAGAGAUUCUACAAACAUACAUGAACAUUCUAAUACAAAAUCCCUUUUCUAGGCAAAACAGUACACAUAGAGGGUCCAUAUCCUACAGUUUUCAUUUAUUUUAGAUCCAUAUUUGACAUUUUUGUGGUUUUAUGUACCAAAAACAGUCAUUUACUUUGGUCACUGUGUCUUUAAAACUUAUAUGCAAAUGUUUUAACACCCCCAGUCAAGAUACAUGUUUUGUUGAUUUUAUAAGUGAAAAUAAGUUACACAUCCACUACAGGUAACAAACUUAUAUUUUUCUGUUAAUUU